AUGAAUUUAAUAUGGAGGCGUGUCUUUAACCAACCGCUGCUCUGCCUCUCUACUGUCACAGCAGCAGCUCCACUCCAUCGGCCGCUCCACAUCGGCCAGCAAGCUUCCCUCACUAAAUCCUUCUCUUCUAAAGAUGUGGAGCUGUUUGCGGAGCUGACAGGCGACACCAACCCCCUCCACCUGGACCCAGCCUAUGCCAGCACCACCUCAUUCGAAACACCCAUUGUCCACGGUGUCCUCAUCAAUGGCCUGAUCUCGGCUGUGCUGGGCACCAGGAUGCCUGGCCGUGGCUGUGUUUUCCUGCACCAGGAGAUCCGCUUCCCUGCGCCACUGUACAUUGGUGAGGAGGUACUGGCUGAAGCUGAGGUCCUCAGGAUCAAGAUGUCCUUUGCCCUGAUUGGCGUGAAGUGCUCGGUCAAGGACAAAGUGGUAAUGGAGGGAGAUGUGAUGGUGAUGAUGCCAGAGGAUCAGCAGAACAGGGAAUGAGAGGUGAGGACAGAAGUCAAAGGUCACAGCACCCUGGAAGUAAACAAAGCACAUGUUGCGAUAGGUUCACUGAUAAGAAAUGGCUGCCACCAAACACACUGUAGCUUUGUAUUUCCUGAAAGAUGUUGGAUUUCCUUUGCAGAGGCUUUCUUCACAGUAGAAUUGGCUCCAUGUUGAUUUCUUGCAGUUUUCUUCAUUUUUGUAUUCGUGUGCUGAACACUGAUUAGAAGUGUUCAUGAACAGUUACCAGCGAGAUGCUGAUAAGUUUGAUAUCUAUUGGUGUGUGAGCAUGUUUGAACUUUCUUAGCUCCGCUCUGUCUUGUUUAACAUGUGCAAUAAAACUGCAAAGUUAUUGAUAGAUUUGUUACAUGAA